UGUUCUAUUUAGAAAUUCAGGUUAACGAUAUGGCUGGUUCUGCUCUCAAGAGACUGAUGGCAGAAUACAAGCAGCUGACAUUGAACUCACCAGAAGGCAUUGUAGCAGGUCCCAAAUCAGAGGAAAAUUUCUUUGAGUGGGAGGCCAUGAUAUCUGGUCCAGAGGACACCUCGUUUGAGGGUGGCGUGUUUAUCACAGAGCUCGUAUUCCCUCCAGACUAUCCACUUAGCCCUCCAAAAAUGAGAUUCAUAUCAGAGAUGUUUCAUCCUAAUGUGUACCAAGAUGGCCGUGUGUGCAUAUCCAUCCUGCACACUCCUGGUGAUGAUCCCCUCGGCUAUGAAACAGCCGCUGAGAGAUGGAGUCCAGUGCAGUCCAUAGAGAAGAUACUGCUCUCUGUUGUCAGUAUGUUAGCCGAACCUAAUGAUGAGAGUGGAGCUAAUGUGGAUGCUUCAGUAAAAAAUGUGGAGAGACAACAGACAGCAGUUCAAUGAGAUAGCUCAGACAUUAGUACGGAAAUCUUUAGGCAUUGAAUGAUGUGUGUAUGUGUAUGUACAUGUAUGUGUUCUUAGUUAAUUUUUUUGUACUGACCUCUACCUUGCCUCGAUUCAA